CUUUUUCUUGGACAGGGGGAAGUUACGUCCCUUCUCUGGAGAAACGUCAAAGCUCUUUAGUGUGAGAGUCGCAAAGGGUAGCUGGAGAUUCGGAUCAUGGACCAUCUUUCGUAAAACUAAAAGGGGCAGUUUUCUUCAUGAGUAUAUAGCCAUCUGCAGAAAGGAAACAAAUUCCAGAGGGGGCAUAUCACACAAAUCUUAAUCAGCAUGGCAUCUGCUAGUCAAGACUCGCACAAGGAGUUGUUUCUGGACAUCCUGACUAAAGAAGAAAAAGAGGCUCUCCUCAACAAAAAGAUGGAGGAUAUUCGGAAACGCAAUGAAGCUCUUCAAAAACGUCAUGCUGAAAUAGAAGCUGACAAGAAGCGAGCAGAAAAGUCAGGAAGUGCUGUCCCUGCCCAGCUAGUUCAGCGAGAUUCCCCUGUCCUACAUAGGGCAGUAUCUCAACCAGAGGACAAAAGGUCCCGUCAGCAAGUACAGCAACAGCUGCAGCUGCAGCCAGUUCAGAUCCAGCAGGUGCAGCAGCAGAGUAGACCAGCUACCCGCAGUAAACCCCUGCCUCAGGCCCAUGCAGCUGGGGUCAACAGGGGUCCCAAGGACCGGCCCAAAUCACAGGACAUUCGAUCUGAUGCCUCCUAUGAGUAUGAGCCCAUAGUUGACAUCGCUGAUCUUGAUUCUAGACAUUCAAAGGGCUCACAGUCUCCUUCCAAAAGUAGGCGGAACCCACCUAGAGAAAGAGACUCUGUGCUUUCGAACCUUGGGGAAGCCUCCCGCAGACGUGGCCAAUCCAGAAACAACAACAGUUAUGAGCAGCCUCAACACAAUGACAUGCAGGACUUGCCUCAUGAGCCUCGACAGGGAUAUGCCAUUGUAUCUCAAACAUUUAGCAGCCGUAUGCAUGGGCGGGGUAGAUUGGCCAUGGAGGAUGGGCCACCACCAGAUCCUGGCUACAAUUUUCUAGCUGACAGAUCACGGGAUACAGAUGCUGCAAAACGAGAGGCUAUUAGGCAGAAGGAGGUUCUGCGCCAGCGACAUCCCAGAAAUUUUGGUGGAGGAGAUUUCAACAAUGUAAAGACCCAGAUAAAAAUGGACAAGCAGAAGGAAAAAGACCGACGCAGCUUUCCUCCCAAAAAUAAACUGGAAAUGACAAUGAUAAUGACUGGCUCAGAGAGAUUCCAGUAUGAGGAAUGGAAGGCUGAACGCAUGAGAGUAGACAAAGAAAGGCUGGAGCGUCAAAAAACAGCAUCUGGCGAGUGGCGCCGAGACUGGGAUGCAGAAAAGAAUUUUGCAGACUUUGAAGAUCUUACAUCAUCCAGCCGAACUGAGCCAGCUAAAAGACCAGCUGGACGGAUAGGUAGUGGCCGAUUUGACCGUGGCGACCGAGAAGAUCGCAGAGCUGAAAAUCAAUUGACGAAAGUUCCAAUCAGCAUCCAGACAACCGUUGAAGCUGAGCGUAAGCCACCUGCAGGUCGAGGCAGAGGUCGUGGUAGAGCUAGGGGUCGAGGUCAGGGAGGAAUGACAGGAGCAGGAGAGCGCCCACCGCGUCCUCGCACUUGGUCUGGUGGAGAUGACUCUCGCAUUGUAGAGUGCACGAAUGACAUGCUGUUGGUGAAAAUAGACAAAUCUCGGGGUAUCGAUGAUCAUUCAGUGGAGGUGGAGUACUCUGAGGAUGUGCCUGUUGAUAACACUCGUAAGUCAUCAUCUCCAACAAAAGGCAAGGUGCCUGCUCGUAAGGACAGCCCAGUCAAACAGCGUGCCCAGUCUCAUCAUGCCCAUCCGCAACCAAAGCGUGAACAGUUUCAGGAUGCAGAUGUAGCACCUAUGGAGAGCCCACCGGCACCAUCAGCAGUUGGUGACACAGUGGUUAUGUCAGCACCUCAAGCAGUUCCUGCCACUGUACUCAGUCAAGAUAGCAGCAUGGAUGGUCGACCUUCUAGCCUCUCACAGUCCCUCUCUCAUGGGGACACAGAUGAGUGGGAGGAUGUAACAGGCACAGACUCUGAUAUGUAUGGAACAACAGAAGAUGAAGGUGACAGUGCCAUAAAAAAUAAAAGUUGUGAUCAAUCCAGACAAGAAUGCAAGUUAAACCCUGAGGCUCCAGUUUUUCUACCCACUUCUCCAGAUUUGACAUCACCUGCUCAUGUGAAUGUGUAUAAUUGGACAAAAGAAACGAAGACUCCAGUAACACCAUCUUCUCCAGACUUGCAACAACUGUCAGAUUCACCUGAAAAAAGUAGUCCCGAUGCUGUUGAUUUGGCACCUAAAGUGCAGAUGGAUGAAAAUCUUGAGCUCAGCCCAGUCGCAGAAAAUGAAAAAGAUCAACACCUUCAUAUCAGUCUGGAGAAAGAAGUAACAGUCUUGGAAGACACUGUUAAUGGACAAAAUGAGUCUGAAGAUACCCCUGCGCAGAUGGCUCCGAGGAAGGUGCUUAUCCAGAAGAAUACUUAGAAAAUGGUUCUGGCUUAGAUGAGGCUCUAGAGUCUUACAGUGCAGAGGGUUGCGAAGAAACUUCUCUAAAUGGUGAAGAAAUGAAUGAAGAUAAUGCAGAGGACAAUGCUCUGGAACCUGAUGAUAUUGCUGAGGAAGCUUCCUACCAGCAAACAGGCCAGUCCUUAGCAGACGAAUUAUCUAGUUUUGGCAAAGACAGUGAAGCUACAGAAUCUGAAACGGAAGGAGAAACCCCUAAUAUUGGCAAAGACAAUGAAGCUACAGAAUCUGAAACGGAAGGAGAAACCCCUAAUAUUGGCAAAGACAAUGAAGCUACAGAAUCUGAAAUGGAAGGAGAAACCCCUAAUGCUGGCAAAGACAAUGAGACUGCAGAAUCUGGGCUUGAAGGAGAAACUAUUGUCAGCAAAGCCAUAGAAAGUAAUGGCUCAUGUGAAAACUUUUGGGGAAAAGUUGAUACAGAUGAUGCCCCUGGCAGUUGCUCCACUGCCCCAGAACAGUGUGAUAUAACCCCUUCCAAAGAUGAGGAGCAGAUGGCUGCUGCGGUGGAAGAUAAGUCAAGCAUUGAGCCAGUCCUUGAAGCUAGCACUUUAUCUUCCACACAGAGUUCCUUGGAUCAGCAAUCAGGUGCAACAGAACAGAUGUCACCAUCAGUUUUGGAGCCUGAUGGCUGCAUCUCUUCAGAAAACGUGGUUUUAGCUCCCCUUUCAGCUGCAGAUUUGUGAAGCAAAAGGAUGCUGAAACCAUUUCUUUUUUUCGACUGCCGUCCAGUAUUUAGUGCAAGUGGGAGUUGGACGGUGGAUGCUACUAGAGGGCAUCAUGGCAAUGAUGUUUCAUGUUUUUCUAUGUGUUCUAACACUUUUCUAACAAGUAUUAUUUCAAAGAUCACUGUUCUCUGCAUGAAUAAUUAGUGUGCCUUCAAGGGAGGAGUCCUAGUGGUCAGGAAUAUUUUGCCAUGCUCUAAAGGCAAUAAGAUCUGUAUUCUUUCAUGUAAUCAUCUUUUCUUCAUUUGCACUGCCUCUUGUAUGUGACUAAUGAGUAUGGUCCUUUUGAGUUUUUUAUGUUUGUUAUCACCACACCUGCACCAUGUAUGUAUAUUUAAAGCAGUUUUUAGGUGUUGGUGCAGAAUACUUGUGAUAUUGCUUUUAAUUUAAUAUGUGGACCUUUUGUCAUUUCAUUUGUAUGAGAAUACAUUUCAAGUCCCUUCUGUUUGUUCCAUGUGCAAUAACUAGUUGGAAGGAAACUGAUUAGUGUGGAAGGAAGACCUCUUUAACCAAGUCUAGAGCUUUGUACAAGAGCUGCAAAAUGUAGUCUUCCAGUACAGUCGCAGUUGAGCAUCUUGCUUGAGCUGCAUAUGGGGGAAUUCUCCAUUUGCUUAGUUCUGGGUGGUUUGUUUGAAAUCUGGUUUUUUUUUAAAAUUUGUGUGUGCUUUUUAUGUGAUUUAAAUAUGAGAAUGGUUGAUGCAGUUCUAGCUUAAUUUGUAGUAUUGUUUUUUUCUAAAAUUUUAUUUUACAGAAGGUAUUUUGUGACCUUACAUUUGAUCAUGCCAUUUUAUCACAUUAUAUAGAAAAUCAUAAAUUGACUGUGGAACCACAGAUCAUUUUUGACUGGCGCUGUAUAAUACUAUCAUCAGGUAUUUGCCAAAAGAUAUGCAGCAAAAAAAAAAAAAAAAAAAAAAAAUCGCUUGUAUUCUGAUCUUUCUGUCCAUACAAAAUCAUGCUAUUUUGCAUUUGUAGCAAGUGUUUUCACUGUGAAUAGUGAUGCGAGUGUGCUUUCUAAUGUUUGGACUAUCAGAACCAUUUUUUUGUGGAUAUGUAUCCAGGAUAACCAUCAUCAGCAUUUGUUUUCAAGAGACAGCAACCAUAUUUGUAACUUACAAAUGACCCUUAAAGUGCAGGGACAUUCCCACAGUGUAUUACGACAGUUUCAGUGGACAGUGCAUCUUACAUCAGGUGCCUAGCCCUCACUGCUGGCUUGGCCUGGAGUUUUCCAGUUUAAUAAAAAUGGCCAAUAUGAA